UGAGAGAGUUUCUAGAACGCGCCAUUCAUUAGGUUAUGUCAACACUGUGACAGUUACUUGUGAUUGCAAGUAGCCAAAGCCUUGGGUUGGGGUUUCUGACGUUGUAACAUGUUUGGUGCCGCAGAUGACGAUGACCUGGAUUUCAACCCUGCUGCCGGGUCGAAACUGGCGUCAUUGUUCAAUGUGCUGGAAAAGUCAUCCGAAAAGGGGAAUUCUUCCCUAACAUACACAGCACCCAAACAACCAAAACAAAAAGUCCAGCAUGAAGGACUUGCCUCAUCUCGGAAACCAUCUCUUACAUCAACAAGUGCCACAAACAAGCUGUCGCUGAUUGUUGUUAAAGCAGUUACUUCAUUUAAGCUUGAAGGUGGCAGCUACAACCCUCAAGGGAAAUUGGGUUUGGCUCUUUUGGGUAAUUCUGAAUCUCGAUUAUUUCAACUUCUUCUUUACAAAGGCAAACAACAACAAAUCACUUCUGUUAAAAUCAGUCCUAAUUUCCAGUUUACUGUCCAACCACAUUUAUAUGCAUCUUUUUAUGAUGAUCGAACACAAAACUGGUCUAUUAUGUUUGAAAAUAAGGAUGAUGCAGUGGAGUUUACCACCCAAGUGGCAGUUGCUCGAUACAGAUCUGCUGGUCCAAGUCAGGAAAUUAUUAUCACUCAAGAACUUCUUCCCGGGACUGGGGAUUGUAUUAAAGAGAAUGAAACAAUUCAAUUAAAACUGUUAGCACAGCCUUUCCAAGCCAACUCUGUACAGGUUGCAGAUCUUCGCAAACCCAUGUUAGAAUGUGCCAUAUCUCAUACCCUUGAAGCUUCGGGCUGGUCAGCUGGCAUUCUAGGAGCAGCAUCUGGCUCGGUUUGUGUAAUUCUUGUGCCUUUAAGUGUACAAUUACCGUGGCUAACAAGCAAAAGAAAUGAGCCUCUGUUGGUUGAGACCCACAUUAGUAAUGACAAAAGUUUGAAUGUCAAUCAAGCCAAAGAUCUCCCUAUGGCUGAAGAAAAACUAUCAAAACAAAGUACGAAAGUAGACAGUGCUGCUGAUUCAAGUACUGAAGAUUCAAGUGUUUUAUCUAGAAGUGCUUCAAUAAAAGAAGCAUUGUCAAACAGUCCUCGUUCAAACAAAGCUAGUAUCAUAUCUCGCAUGGCUCGCAUGGGUCAGGCAACACUCCCCCUGAAGGGAGCUAUUACUUGCAACCCAAGUGACAGUGAGGAAACAGAGGAUGACACUGGGACAGUUGGAAGAUCCAAGCCCCCACCAAAGGCCUACGGAAAUGUAAAACUUAGGUCAGCCCUUCGCCAACAGGUUGCUACUCAACCUUCCAUGGGAGGUGCAACACCUGCAGCUAUGGCUGUUGUACAGACCCCUGUGCACUGGAACCAACAUCAGCAAAACUUAAUGCCCAAAACAGGAAAUGAUGGUUCCAUGGUUCAGAUUGUAUCAUCAGAAGGGCAGCUUUUUUCCUUGAAUGCACAACAGCAGCUCCCAAUAGUUGCAACAACAAGCACCAUGAUGUCACCUACAGAUACUUCAACUGCCCAUAUGUCUAUGUUUUUGUCUGAAGCCAGGAUUCAAAACACUGAAAUGAGGAUGAACCUCAGCAAAUUUGGUGACAAAAUUGAUCAUUUAAUAACAAAAGUUGAUAAUUUGCAAAUGUCUUCUGGGUCUCCUAGCCCUACUACUGCACCAGCUAUUGGCCUUGAACCUAAUGCUUUAUUGUUUAGCAUUGAGAAGUUAGUUAAAGAUAAUCAAUCACUCAAUAUGGAAAUAGCUGAGAAAAACAAACGUCUUGAUGAACAAAACGAAAGGAUAUUUUCUCUGUUAAAUACAAAUUCAAAGUUUUUGGAACAAAGUGGCUCCCUCUUGGAACAGAAACAACUCCAAGAGCAGAAUAAGAAAAAACAUGAAGAGCAGAUACAGCAACAAGAACUGCAGGCACAACUUAUACAACAGAUUCGGGAAGAAAAGAUAGGUCUUGGAAAUCAACUUGCAAGUCUGCAGAAUCAGCUGGCAUCUGUACAAGAAUUAGUUCAAGCCCUUCAAAAGAGUAACAAAGAGUUAAAUCAAGAAUUGGAGGUCAUGCGUAGCCGGUUACAAGAGAAAGAAAGCAACAUCAGGGAUAUGGAAAUGGCCAAACAAAACUCUGUAGGGGAUGAUGCACAACUAAACCAAGCCUUAGAAAUUCAAAAAAAGUCCAACUCCCAAUUACAGGACCAGAUUUCUAAUCUAAUUGAUCAGGCAAAAACUGAAAAAGACAAAUUUAAGAACCUAGAACAGGAACACAUGAUGGAAGUAAAUGAACUAAAAUCCCAGCUGAGAAAACUGUCUGACUCUCAUGCAAAAGUGGUUAGCAACCUAGAAAUUAAAUGUAAAGAGGCUAAUGAACUGCUGCUGCAUAAACCAAAACAGGUUGAAGAUGGAUCUGCACUUUUAUUGGAAAAUAUGAUUACUGAUGUUAAGCUACUAAUGAAUACACUUCACAAGGGCCUUAAUCAGCAGUUUGCUCCAGAUCAAAGCUAUGAUGGAACUCAAAUCAGGUCAUUGAUUUCUGCUGUAGUCAAAAGAGAAGCUCUUCUCUUUGUGGGUAAAAUGGAGAAGCAGUGCACAUCUGCCAAUAAUUCGUCAGAGAUCAGUAGAGGUCUAUCAAAGUUCACUUCAUCAUCUGCUGCUUCUUCAAAUGUAGUCAUGAAGGAAGAUCAGAAACCCAAAGAACUUGCUGGGCCUGCAGAUGAUGAAUUUUUCAGUGGUUCAACACAAAACAAGCUGGAGACAUCUGUUGUGCAAAAUUCAAGGAAGAUGAGUGAGAAUGAAUCAAUCUCAAACAUUGAAAAACUGAGUACUCAUUCUUUACAAGGUGCAGAAUCACUUUCAGAUGGAAAAGAGAAAGAUCCCUCUAUGGAAACAACUUGGCGUCCAUCUCCUCCACCCCCACCACUCUUCCAUGAUGAGGAUGACAGUGAUGACUGGCUUACUUAAAGCAGCUAAUCCACCUUAUGAAACCUUUUCUUAUGAAACAUCUUAGUUGGUGAUUCGAACAGUUAAAUCAUCAUGGUACUAAGUAGAAUAUACUGUCAGAAUUUUUCAUGGUGAUACUGUAUUACUUCACCCAUCCCCAAGCAGUUGUGUCAAAGUCUUAUGAUAUUUACCUACAAAGCUUUUAAAGCAUUAUUUUUAUAUGAUUUUAUUAAUGGUAGGGUACAUUCCAAUAUAAAAUGCCUGUUAUUUGUCUUGUUAAUCUUUAUUGUGAUAAUAUUUGUGUUACACUGUUAACUGCUUACAAUGGUAGAACCAUGCAAUAAUGAAGCAUCAUAUGGAAUUGUAAGUAACGUUUACAUAACAUUGACCUCUGGUGGUCAAGCUGCUCAAACCUCAUGGUAGAAGCAGCAAACUAUCAAUUUUACAAAUAAACGUGCUAUGUUCUUGAA